AUCUCCACACGGCGCACUCUAGCACCACCAGCGCCGUUUCACAGGCCAUGGAUUCACCGCUGCCGUUGCUGCUCGCGCUGUCGUCGCUGCUCCUGAUCCUAGCCGGCCUGUACAUGACGCGCCUCGGCCUGCUCGGCAAGAGGCGCCGGAGCUACCCACCCGUGGCCGGCACCAUGCUCCACCAGCUGCUCAACUGGGGCCGCCUGCCGGAGUACAUGACGGAGCUCUCCCGCAGGUACCGCACCUUCCGCAUGCUCACCUUGACCUGCAGCUCCAUCCACACCGUCGACCCGGCCAACGUCGAGUACAUCCUCCGGACCAACUUCGCCAACUACGGCAAGGGGACCAUGACCCAUGAGGUGAUGGAGGACCUCCUCGGCGACGGGAUCUUCAACGUCGACGGCACCAAGUGGCGGCACCAACGGAAGGUCGCCAGCUUCGAGUUCAGCACCCGAAUGCUCCGCGACUACAGCAGUGGCGUGUUCCGCGACAUGGCUGUCCAGCUCGCGGGCAUCGUGGCUGCCGCCGCCUCCGCCGGGGAGAGGGUAGACAUGGAGAACCUGUUCAUGCGGUCAACGCUGGACUCGAUUUUCAAGAUUGGGUUCGGUGUCAACCUGGGCGCGCUGUCCCGGUCCAACUCGAACCAGGAGGGCGCGGCGUUCGCAAGGGCGUUCGACGACGCCAGCGAGCAGGUGCUGUACCGGUUCCUGGACCCACUAUGGAAGGCCAAGAGGCUCCUCAACAUCUUGUCGGAGGCGGCCAUGAAGCGGUCGGUGCGCACCAUCGAUGACUUCGUGUACGCCGUCAUCGAGAAGAAGAUCGAUCAGAUGGGCAGAGAAGGGCAAGAAUUCGCCAAGAAAGAGGACAUACUGUCGAGAUUCCUGCUAGAGAGAGAGAAAGACCCGGGUUGCUUCGACAACAAGUACCUGCGGGACAUCAUACUCAACUUCAUGAUCGCCGGUCGCGACACGACGGCGGGGACGCUGUCGUGGUUCCUCUACGUGCUCUGCAGAGACCAGCGCAUCCAGGACAAGAUCGCCAAGGAGGUGCGGGAGGCCACCACCGGCGACCGCCAGGACACGGGCGGCAUGCAGGAGUUCACGGCGUGCCUGACCGAAGACGCCAUCGGCAGCAUGCACUACCUCCACGCCGCGCUCACGGAGACCCUCCGGCUGUACCCGGCGGUGCCCACCGAUGUCAAGUAUUGCUUCUCGGAUGACACGUUGCCGGACGGGCACGCUGUGAGGAGAGGGGACAUGGUGAACUACCUGCCGUACGCGAUGGGCCAGAUGAAGUUCCUAUGGGGCGACGAUGCCGAGGAGUUCAGGCCGGAGAGGUGGCUCGACGACGACGGCGUGUUCGUCCCGGAGAGCCCCUACAAGUUCACCGCUUUCCAGGCGGGGCCUCGGAUCUGUUUAGGAAAGGAGUUCGCGUAUAGGCAGAUGAAGAUAUUUGCAGCCGCUCUUCUCUACCUCUUCAGGUUUGAGAUGUGGGAGCGCGAUUCCACGGUGGGGUACCGUCCAAUGCUCACGCUCAAAAUGGACGGCCCGCUCUAUGUUCGCGCGUCGCCCCGGCGAUCAACCGGGAACUAGCAUGUUUGUGCUGCUAUAAGAAGUCCUGUCUCAAAAGCGUUCACAUGUUCCUCUGUUUUGUUGUGUUGAGCUUUGAUAAUACUAGAUCAUUAAAGACGCGUGUUUGAUGUGCCCGUCCAUUUUGGCAGUAUAAUAUUAGUGAUGAUAAAGUCAUAUGCAAGAAUAGUUUUUUUAUCAUGCGAUAUAAUUAUGAUACCCAUGAAUCAUGUCUUUUUACAUGUGUUUUGGCAUCUGAUAUUCAUCCGAUGGUUUUGUACCUUUGUGCCUGUUUAUUUUUUACCCGAGCAUGUUCACUAUUGAUGGAGAAAAUAUAUGUUGAUUAAUAUUUUGUGUACGAAUAUGUUAUGUGGUAAUAAGGUUGGUAGGUUUUGAUUUUUUGUAUAAGAAGAAUAGCAAGGGUUCUAAAUCAUGCGAAGGACAGAAAGCAAGAUAGAGAGGCACGACAUAAGAUGGGCACUCAAAUACUUUACGGGUAAAUAACUAAAUAUAAGGGCUGUGCAGCAUAUCACGAUGGCGCGUUGCCACACACGUCUAUUUUGACAAUAAAAUGGUGAGUGUAAAAAAAAUUAACACUAAGAUGUGCUAAAACUUGAAGGAGCACUUCAAAUUACCAAGUGGGUAGAAGUUUCUCGGAGAAAACACGCCAGGCCCCCGCGUUGCUCCCGCAGAUACCAUGGAACAUAUGUUUUUCACUCGAAUGCGCAGUGGAUUCGCCCGCGAGGGAAUAUAGCAGUAUUGUGUCUAUUUUGUGUAGUGUUUUUCAGAGAACUCACACUAACUUUUCAGUUCUUGUGUAUUUAUAGAUAAAUUAGUCAAAUACUGAUAUUCAAAAUACUCAUCUUCAUCAUGUUACAGCGAUAGCAACAGUGGGAAAACACAAGACACGGGCGCGCUGAUCUGGUUCUAGCUCUCAUACUGAAUGGCAGUGUUAAAACAAGGAUGUGCUGAUCUGUUUCUGAUUCAACUAUUAUGACCUGACAUUCAGACUAAAGAAAGUUGUAUUGUCUGCUCUGAGAAGAACAAGACCAAGGCUAUGCAAGGAACAUCACAUCAUUCAGGCAAGUGAAAAACAAUUGUUAAAUUCUUCGAUGUUAUAUUGCACGCCCAUUGCAUAUAAUGAUCUGCAGGAUGAAUUAUUCUUAUGGUCGUGGCUAUUUUAAUGCUCCUGGAGAAGACCCUUGUGUUCUUUUGCGUGUUAAAGAAGAUUAUGAUGGUGUAGAGUUCUCUAAAAACUCGAUAGCAGCCAUGAACAUGAUCAGAUUGUCCAGUAUAUAUGAUGCUGGAAAAUUUGAUAGCUACAAAUGUAAUGCUGGACAUUUCUUGGUCAGUAGUAGCUUGGUUUCAUAUCAUAAGGUUGUAGGCAUGAUGAAGAAACUUCGAGGUUACAAGAUAGUGAAGGCCUAAUUAUAUUUUCCGCAGACGCAAGGUGAAAUUUUCCAUU